AUGGAUUUAAAUGUAAAUGAAUUAACAUCAUCAUCAUUACUAAACGAUAAUAGCAAAACAUUAGUGGCUGAUAUGAAAAAAUCGAAUGAAAUGCAUUUAAAAUUUGAUGAUGCUGAUGCUGAGAAAAAAUCAUCUGCAUCAUCAGAAUCAGUAAUUAUGAUGAGUAUGGUUCGUGGUUAUCAAUUAUCACAAGCACUUUAUGUUGUAGCACAACUUGGUAUAGCUGAUAUAUUAGCUUGUCAUGAUCGUAUGAAAGUCGAUGAACUAUCUAAACUAACUGAUACACAUGCACCAACACUUGAACAUUUACUUCGUGCAUUGGUUCAUGUUAACGUAUUUACAGUAGAUGAGGAUGGUUAUUAUUAUACAACAUCCUUAGGUAAAUUAUUAGAAAUGAAUUCAUUAAGAUCAACUGUUCUCACAUGGGCUGAACCGUAUCAAUAUCAACCAUGGGGCUCAUUAUUGAAUAGUAUUAAAACAGGUAAUUCAUCAUUUGAAAAUUUAUAUGGAAUGGAUUUUUACCAAUAUUUAGGCCAAAAUCCAAAUAUUAAUUCUAUGUUCAAUGAAUGUAUGGCAUCUGGUACACGGCAUGAACAAUUUGUAGAAAUUUAUGAUGGUUUUUCUAAUGUGAAUUGUGUUGUUGAUAUUGGUGGUGGAAUUGGUAGAUUACUUAUCAGUUUAUUAACAAAACAUAAAUAUUUAAGGGGAAUAUUAUAUGAUUUACCUCAAGUAGUCAAUACAAUUAAUUUACAACAUUUAGAUAAAUCAGUAGCUGAUCGAUUAACAAUUAUUGGUGGUGAUAUAUAUAGUAAUAUACCAAUUGACUAA